UUCACAUCAAAAGUUGAAAUGCCAUGGAAAUAUUCAAUCGGUAACAUGUGAUCUGUAAACAUCAAAGUAUUGGAUGGAUAUAUAUUUUGACACUAUCCUUCUACUACAGGUCAUCUAAAGUGUAUGGACUUCCUGCUGUCUUCUACUACAGGUCAUCUAAAGUGUAUGGACUUCCUGCUGUCUUCUACUACAGGUCAUCUAAAGUGUAUGGACUUCCUGCUGUCUUCUACUACAGGUCAUCUAAAGUGUAUGGACUUCCUGCUGUCUUCUACUACAGGUCAUCUAAAGUGUAUGGACUUCCUGCUGUCUUCUUCUACAGGUCAUCUAAAGUGUAUGGACUUCCUGCUGUCUUCUUCUACAGGUCAUCUAAAGUGUAUGGACUUCCUGCUGUCUUCUACUACAGGUCAUCUAAAGUGUAUGGACUUCCUGCUGUCUUCUACUACAGGUCAUCUAAAGUGUAUGGACUUCCUGCUGUCUUCUUCUACAGGUCAUCUAAAGUGUAUGGACUUCCUGCUGUCUUCUACUACAGGUCAUCUAAAGUGUAUGGACUUCCUGCUGUCUUCUACUACAGGUCAUCUAAAGUGUAUGGACUUCCUGCUGUCUUCUACUACAGGUCAUCUAAAGUGUAUGGACUUCCUGCUGUCUUCUUCUUCUACAGGUCAUCUAAAGUGUAUGGACUUCCUGCUGUCUUCUUCUUCUACAGGUCAUCUAAAGUGUAUGGACUUCCUGCUGUCUUCUUCUUCUACAGGUCAUCUAAAGUGUAUGGACUUCCUGCUGUCUUCUACUACAGGUCAUCUAAAGUGUAUGGACUUCCUGCUGUCUUCUACUACAGGUCAUCUAAAGUGUAUGGACUUCCUGCUGUCUUCUACUACAGGUCAUCUAAAGUGUAUGGACUUCCUGCUGUCUUCUACUACAGGUCAUCUAAAGUGUAUGGACUUCCUGCUGUCUUCUACUACAGGUCAUCUAAAGUGUAUGGACUUCCUGCUGUCUUCUUCUACAGGUCAUCUAAAGUGUAUGGACUUCCUGCUGUCUUCUACUACAGGUCAUCUAAAGUGUAUGGACUUCCUGCUGUCUUCUACUACAGGUCAUCUAAAGUGUAUGGACUUCCUGCUGUCUUCUUCUUCUUCAGGUCAUCUAAAGUGUAUGGACUUCCUGCUGUCUUCUACUACAGGUCAUCUAAAGUGUAUGGACUUCCUGCUGUCUUCUUCUACAGGUCAUCUAAAGUGUAUGGACUUCCUGCUGUCUUCUACUACAGGUCAUCUAAAGUGUAUGGACUUCCUGCUGUCUUCUACUACAGGUCAUCUAAAGUGUAUGGACUUCCUGCUGUCUUCUUCUACAGGUCAUCUAAAGUGUAUGGACUUCCUGCUGUCUUCUACUACAGGUCAUCUAAAGUGUAUGGACUUCCUGCUGUCUUCUUCUACAGGUCAUCUAAAGUGUAUGGACUUCCUGCUGUCUUCUACUACAGGUCAUCUAAAGUGUUUGGACUUCCUGCUGUCUUCUACUACAGGUCAUCUAAAGUGUAUGGACUUCCUGCUGUCUUCUACUACAGGUCAUCUAAAGUGUAUGGACUUCCUGCUCUCUUCUUCUACAGGUCAUCUAAAGUGUAUGGACUUCCUGCUGUCUUGCCAUUGACUGCAUUGUUGUUGUUC